AAAUUGCGAUGGGUAAGAAAACAUAAUUCAGUUGUCUGCAAUCUGCAAUGCAUUGACAAUUAAUGAUGCUAUUUUGCACCCUGUUACUUUAAUGUCUUAAAAUGGCCAGGAAUGUAAUGUAGAUGAAUGCAGGAUAAGUGUGUAAGUUGGGGGGGGCUUGAGAUUCCCCAUUAUUUCUGGUUCUCUCGUAUUUAUUACCACUUUAUCCCCGUGCAAUGCAAGAAAACAAAAUGCAAGACAAAAGCUAAAAUAAGCGAUUGAUCUGUUUGCUGUAGCUUUUGGUGGACAGAAUGGGAUCAGUCACAUCAAAGAUCAUACCUAACUCUAUUGCUCGGUAGUGAAACUAGGCUCACAUAGGAGUCGGCUCAGUCUCGCUGACUGUAACAGUGUCCUCAAGUUAACUUUGAAGCCCAAAAGCAGACUUCCCUCUGAUCUGCUGUGCCAACAUCAUGCAGAGCAACACUUCCUCCUCUUAGUACCCUCAACAUCCAACUGACAUGGUCCUUUACAGUGCUGUUUUAUUCAUUACCAAUCAGUUACAGUACAUUAGGCCUGUAUGUUUGUGGAUGUCAGUCUUGGAAAUGAGAGUUAAUGUAUCUUUGUGGUCGAGCUUGUUCAGUGUUUUCUGUUGGUAUCCAUUGCCUUGUUUUAUCUGCUGGGCAGAAGUGUGUUUGUGUGUGUGUGUUUGUAAGUGCAGGGAUUAAUUGGAAUUCUCUGUUUAGUCCACUUCUGCUCAGGUGAGGUUUAUCACACUACAGACGUUCUUUAGAAAUGGCCCACAUCUGCACAUAAUAAAAUUGACAACAUGACCUUGCAUUUCACUUUUAACCUUUAUGAAAGAAAAUGAAUUUUCCUCAACUUCCAACAAGUCCCCCUUUCAGGGACAAAAACGCCUCCUCAUGCAAAACGCGGCUUAGGGUUCAUUUAUUAAAUUAUUCAUAACUUGAUUCAGGUAAGAAAGUCCAUUCCCAAGCCUCCUCAUUACAAUUGUUGCCUGUGAAUUGCAGGUGUUUGUGAGCGAGUAAGUAAUAAAAUGAGUGCUCACAGAAUGAAGCAUUCCCUGACCGCCUGCACUUCCAACAAAAUGGACCUAAUCUGUAUUUUUAACUCCAGAUGAGUUAAGAUGAGUUGACAGGCCAUUAAAACUCAAUCAAAGGGAUAGCUUUCUGUCACCCACCGGCGUCACCGGGCAGCCUCUGUUACCAGAGAUAUGUGCACGAUGGAUGGACGGUAAGCUUAAGAGAGGUAGGAAAGAGGGAGCAACACUAUUAUUAUUACAAUAGGUAUAAAGCAAAGAAAAUACAGACAGGCCAAGACAGAAGGGGUUGGAGAGAGAGAGAGAUGAAGAUAGCAGUUGGGAGUUGUUUUGUUCCACACUUUGACUCUUAUAGGCUUGUUUCAUCUAGAAACAAUUCCAACUGUAGCCGGUGGUCCUUGUUCUUGCUGGAUGAGCAGCUGAUUGAUUGAAAUCUGCCAUGAUAUGGUGGGAAAAACAUAAGACUAGAAGAUCCAGUGCUAGCCGGUUAGCAGUGACUUAACUUUAAAAUAAAAUCAAGGAGGACUAAACACUAGUAUUUUAAUUAUGGAUGGAAUUCCUCUCUCAGAUGCAUAAUCUCGUCCUAUUAUAUCGCCAUGGCAAAGUCUAUGUGGAGUAUUUUCUUAUCUAAUCAAUUCACUGAUGGAAUGUAAAAUGUAUACAGUGUUUUAAUCUCAUUAAGCCAGGAUGAUGUUUUCGAUGUCAGACUUUUGUCUGAGCAUCUGUCUAAGGCCUCCAGUCCCUGGCAGCCCUUCAAUUUGCCAGGGGUGCUAAGACUCCCCAGGCCAGUCGUGAGAAGAUCAGCAGAGACAGUUGGAUGAAAGGCAGGGUCCAGGUCACGGAAAAAUACCCUGCUCUGAACACACUGUCAUUGUUCAGAAAGGCUAUGGAUAACAAGCAGCUGUUGAUCGUUGAUGGAGGACAAGGUGCCAAACAAGGAAAAACUGAGUUAAACUGUUAUUCUUUCAUACAGAUAUUUGUGUCAUCAAGUUUAUCGAUUCAAACUCAUCAAGGGUCAUGCUGAAUACCAAGAUAAAAUUGUUAUUUUUCUCAGUCUGGUUGCUGCUGCUGUUCACAGCCUUCUUUCACUCUCUAAACAGUGAGUACAUGGUGGCAUGGGAGCAAGACUUCUGCUCAGGCAGUAAAAGCCUUAAAAUUUGUCAUGAGGUGUUUUUUCCUUUUUAAAAUAGUUGCUAUAAACAGUUGUUAAAAUGCUAAGUUAACAACAGUUAAAAAAAAUCGAGUUGAAAGCUUCCUGUUUUUACACAGUGGAGAUCCAGUCUGCAUCACAGAUGCACAAGUGCAAGGGGACAGAGCCGGACUUCUGUAGAGCGAUCUAAAAAUAGCGGCCCGACUGGACAUAUUGUACGGGGAGAAGAUUUUGAAGGAGUGCUGUAUUGUGUUUUACAAUAGAACAAAAAAACCUUGGGUUUCAGAGGGGUGUAGUACGAAGCAAGAUGAAUGGGUUAGCAAGUUAUGCCGAGCUUUCUGUCACUCUCUUUUUAUCUGGCGAAAUCACUAUGGUAACGGAUGCUGAACAUGAGUUAACUUGUUUGGUUAAAACUGCAAGUGCCACGUUUUCACUGAUUCUCUUGUUUACAGCAUGUUUUAAGUGCAGUAUAGAUUAUCUGCUGGGGGAAUGGAUUUUAUAUGGGCAACUUGAAACAAAUUUCACUUUGAUCUGCCAACAAAGUAAGACAAUUUCCACAUGUCCUUUAUUAGGCUAUGGGAUGGUAACAUUAAUGUUUAAAUAUAUAUCCCGUUUAAAGUUUCAGAGCUCUUAGAAAUGAACAGCAGCACAGAGAGUGAAAGUUCUUUACAGAUUUUCAUCAAUAUGUCGUCAUAAUAAUCUCCGAAAAAUCUCCGAGAGGUUUUCAGAGGUCAGAGGUCAAGUUUUGUGAAAAUGUUGUUAACUUGAUAACUUGUGAAAGACACCACCGAGGAUUUUUAAAUUCAUAUUAUAUGUAUCUGUUAAAAAUCUCAGACAAGUUUGAAUCUCAGUGACUUUGACCUUAAGGUCAGAGGUCAAGAAAAUCCUGUGAAUGCAAUAGCCAAUGAAGGAAGUCACCAAGGAUUUUCAAACUGGUACAUUAUGUGGAUCUCCUUGGAGGCUGAGGGUUGGCACUGUUGACUGACAGUAAUUUUAUGUUUUAAUUUUGAAUCCAAAUCAGAUGAACUGACUGUAACUUUAAGAGCGAAGUGAUAUGAUCUUAGUUCCUGAUAAUGUGGUCAGUACACUUUUAGCAGCUGCACACCCUGCGAUUUCACAGACACAAUGAGACACAGUUUUGUGUUGACAGGCUUCAAGAUAGUUUGAGAUCAGUUUGGAAAUUUUCACUUUCAUUGCCUUCGAAUUAAUGAUGACAUCUCAGCCAUAUCUGUAGAGGUGAGAGACAGCAUGGAUGCAUGGGGGCUGUUAUCUCCGCAGCUACCAGUCCACGCAAAACACCAGCCACUGAGAGUGACAGCUGCCCGAGUGACACAGACAGGCUGUCAGUGCUCCAGCAGCUCGGUCUGGACCAAAACUCAGACUUUUCAGACUCCAGUGUGCAGCAGCGGCUGGAUGAGCACCGCGAGAAGAUCCGCAGAGAGAUCCGCAAGGAGCUGAAGAUCAAGGAGGGUGCAGAGAAUCUGCGCAGGGCCACUACCGACAAGAGGAAUGCCCAGCAGGUGGACUCACAGCUCCGCAGCUCCAAGCGGAAGCUUGAGUCACUCCAGGCUCAGCUCCAAGAGCUGGAUGCUCACAUUGUGGUCAAAGGCCAUGAAGAAAACAAAGAUUCAAAUAAGUCUCCAGGACCCGUCAACCAGACGUCCACCAAUCAGCACCGCAUAGCUGCUUUGGAGCGGCAGCUGAACAUUGAGCUGAAAGUCAAACAGGGAGCAGAGAACAUGAUUCCAAUAUAUUCCAGUGGCGGUACCAAGGACAAGAAGCUUCUCCAGACAGCUCAGCAGAUGCUGCAGGACAGCAAGACAAAGAUCGACAUCAUCCGCAUGCAGAUCCGAAAGGCCAUGCAGGCAACGGAGCAGUCUGAGGACAACCAAAGUAAGCCGGACCUGUGUGGGGCGGAGCUGCGUGUGGAGGAGCUGUGGCAUCACUACCGUGUGGAGCACGCCAUGGCUGAGGGAGCCAAGAACAUGAUGCGACUGCUGGGUGCGGGAAAGGUCCAAGAUAAGAAGGCCAUUGCUGAGGCUCAGUGUGGUUUGAGCGGCUCGUCCCAGCGUCUGGACCUGCUCCGAUGCUCUCUGGAACAAAGACUGCUGGAGCUGCCUGAGGAUCAUCCCAAAGCCUGCCUCAUCAAAGAGGAGCUAGUGCUGGCCUCCUCCUCAGCUUUCAGCUCCCGUCACAGCACCCCAUAUGUCCAUAACCAGUACAGCACCCUGAUCAAACCAUCACCCCUUACAGGCAGUCUUCAGGUUCGUCUUCUGGGCUGUGUGGGACUGCUGGAGGUCGUCCCAGGGAGAAAUAGAGGGACCCCUGUCGUUCUGCCUUCUUACUCCACACCAGAUGGACGCUCCUCAUUCAAACUGAGCGGCCUCUACAGCCGGAGCACCAGCAGCAUGAGCCUCAAGAUCCCCAGUAAGAACGAGGACCUCUCGUCGGAAGUGAGCGCCGUGCUGAAGCUGGAGAACACAGUGGUGGGUCAGACAGCUUGGAGAACAGUUGGAGAGCAGGCCUGGGACCAAACCUUCACUUUAGAGCUGGAAAGAUCCAGGGAGAUGGAGAUCGCUGUGUACUGGAGAGAUUAUCGCUCCCUGUGUGCUCUGAAGUACCUGAAGCUGGAGGAUUUCCUGGACAACCAAAGACACCAAGUCCAGCUGGAACUGGAGCCACAGGGGCUGCUGCUGGCUGAGGUGACCUUCUUCAAUCCAGUCAUAGAGAGAGGCCGAAGACUCCAGAGGCAGAAGAAAGUCUUUUCUAAGCAGCACGGUAAAGCUUUCCUGCGGGCCCGUCAGAUGAACGUGGACAUCGCUACCUGGGUCCGCCUGCUGAGGAACGUCAUCCCGAGCGGAAGCAGCGCGCCCAGUUUCACAAGCAGCCCGCUCACAACCAGUGCAGGGGAAAUCUCAGUGGAGAAGCUAAACCUGGAAACUGACCAUCUGGUAAAACCUGAAGUCAAGACAGAUGUAGUGGACUCACCUGCUCCCGUGGAACAGACGCCGGUCAUUGAGCCUCCGUCCAAACCAGAAGUCCCUGUUCAGGAGACGCCAAUCAGAUCACAAUCCCACAACUCUUUAAGCAGGCCCAGCAAAGGACCUCUUUCCCUGCAGGACUUCAAGCUGAUCGCUGUUCUCGGCAGGGGCCACUUCGGGAAGGUGCUGCUAUCGGAGUACAAAAAAACAGGCAGCCAGUACGCCAUCAAAGCCCUGAAGAAAGGAGACAUCGUCGCGCGUGAUGAAGUGGAGAGUCUGAUGUGUGAGAAGCGGAUCUUUGAGAUCGUCAACGGCUCCCACCAUCCCUUCCUGGUCAACCUGUUUGCAUGCUUCCAGACGCCAGAACAUGUGUGUUUUGUCAUGGAGUACACGGCAGGAGGAGACCUCAUGAUGCACAUACAUGCAGACGUCUUUUCUGAGCAACGUGCUGUGUUCUACUCUGCCUGUGUGGUCUUGGGUCUUCAGUUUCUUCAUGACCACAAGAUUGUGUAUCGGGAUCUUAAACUGGACAACCUGCUGCUGGACACUGAGGGUUAUGUUAAAAUAGCUGACUUUGGGCUUUGUAAAGAAGGCAUGGGUUAUGGAGACAGGACCAGCACAUUCUGUGGGACUCCUGAGUUUUUGGCCCCAGAGGUGCUCACAGACACAUCGUACACCAGGGCAGUCGACUGGUGGGGCCUCGGGGUGCUCGUGUAUGAGAUGCUGGUGGGAGAGUCUCCUUUCCCAGGUGAUGAUGAAGAGGAGGUUUUUGACAGCAUAGUGAACGAUGAAGUCCGCUACCCGCGCUUCCUCACCACUGAGGCCAUCGGCAUCAUGAGACGGCUGUUGAGAAGAAAUCCCGAAAGACGUCUCGGUUCUGGAGAAAAGGAUGCCGAAGAGGUCAAAAAGCAGCCUUUUUUCAGGGUAAUGGACUGGGAGGCACUCCUGCAGAGAAAAGUCCUGCCCCCGUUCGUUCCCAACAUAGUGGGGAAAGAAGACGUCAGCAACUUCGACGAGGAGUUCACCAACGAGCCUCCCGCCCUCACGCCGCCCCGCGAGCGCCGAGCCCUCUCCCGUAGGGAGCAAGAUUACUUUAAGGAUUUUGACUACGUCUCUGACCUCUGCUAGGCUCCGCGGUCAGAGGUCAAAGGGUUAUUAGCUCCCCACUGCCAGCCACAGACUCUGAAAGGAGACUGAGAAGUGAAAGGCUGCUGUAAAAGCAGAGAGGAACUUGAUGUUGAUGAGAAGCGAGGAGGACUCUCUUCUCCGCGUGCUCACGGUGAGACGAAGCACUGGCCGGGCCGAGCGUCAAUGAUUACGCGUUCCAAACACAGGCAGUAACAAACAGACUGUCUUGAGGGUGGGGGGGUGGGGAGGUCACGAGAAGAACUGAAGAUAAUCCAGGUUAUCAGAUCCUGCUGUUUGUUUGAAACGCUCACAGAGCCUCAAAAUCACAAAGAGUGAAAAAAAUGUGAUGAUUCUGACAGGAAGCGCUCUUUUUUUCCUGCAUUUGCUACACUCUGUCGUCCCUUUAUCUCUGCUGUCUGUUGCUGCUACAGUGUGUGUUUAGCCAUGUGCACUGUCCUCUGCCUCAGUCAUGAAUGUAUCCACGUGAUCCGCAAUCGUGCACCACCCGUACAUUACCACCCGGGGGAGCCAGAGGAAAGAGGGGCUCUCUUCUUUUGAUUAAGCCAAAGAAAGGCAGGAGCAAGUGGAGGGUCUUGCUCAGUCGUCUUUGUGUUGCGUUCCCACCGACUUUUGGUACAACACAGAUUUUUGACUCCAAUCGUUUUUCAGAGACAGGAAGCUUUUACAAUUUUUGUGAUUUUAAAGUUUUGUUUUUCCCUCAUCUGUGUUUCUUCCUCUGUCAUUUGCUGGUGAAAUGUGUUGACUCAGUAAAAAUGUGAACCCAAA